ACCUACCAUAUAAAAUACUGUCCCAAAAAUAGACAAAACUGCUAAUAAGACUAUUGUAUUUCAUAUUUAAAUAACGGUCACGCGCGCUCUACUGAUGUAUCCCAUAGAAACACGAUAAUAGUAACCAUGAUGGUUGCUAUACGCGUAUAGAAACUGGUUCCACAUCCUCUGGCUUCUAGCUUGUUUGUAAUCUUAUUUGUUCUGUGUGAGAGGGGCUCUGCCCCAUUAUGAGGCAGUGCUUAACGCUGAUUGGUUACACGACCGUGAAUUAGGCGGGGUUUAUCGGGGCGGAGUUGCUAAUCGGUACCACAGAGAGACAGAAUCUGUGAGGAAGGCUUCAGAUGUACACGUGUCAGUCCCUGGCUACUGGCUGCCGGAGUGAGUCUUCAGUGCGCAUCUGUUGUACCGUGUUAUCACUUCAAAAGUGACGUAUAAACAAACACAAGUUCCGAUAGAGCAAGAUUGCUCCGAAUAUAGACUAUAGAAAGAUAGAAAUGCAAGUGUUUUUACAUAUAAGUUUACUACUGUGUUGCUGGAGGUAUUAAACUGUGAUAGAAAUUCAAAUACAGUCCGCUGUGGCGAUCGACACGUUUAAAAUCAAGUGGAUUUUGAGCGGAAAUAUAUUUGUCUGAAAUAUUUUCUACGAAGAAUAACUGAGAAGGUCUUGAAGGAUUUCUACGGUGAUAUUACAACUACAGAUACUGUGAUAAAUAAUCCAGCGUUGUAGAAACAUUUUGUCUACAGUAAACGUCAAUUGAAAUCUUCAGGUGUAAUCCCCGGGAAAAAAAGAAUUUUUUCAACACAUUGAAUGUAAAUUUCUGGACUGUGAAAGACUUUUGAACAUUAUCAGUGCAAUUUUUUUGUUUAACCCCUUCGUUCGUAUGUCAACAUGGUGAAGAUAGAGGGCCCGCUACACACACUAGUGAUGGCCCGAACGCCUCUUAAAUCGUCUUUUAGCAUCAGCUCCAUAUUACCAGAGACCGCGGCGUCCACGAGGUCUCAAAGCCCUCAUAUGAGUCCCACUUUAUCACACUGUAGCCCCGACCUGAGCAGCUCGGACAGCGAGAGUGAUCUUGAUGUGACCGGGGGUGACACCCCUCCUCCUCUGGACUGCAGUACCAACAAAGGCAAACAAGACUCAUCUGCAGACAUCUCGAAGGCUGAAGGUGAGAAGAAAAAGAAUGAGAAGCCUCCGUACAGUUACAACGCCCUGAUAAUGAUGGCGAUCCGUCAGAGCCCUGAAAAACGCCUCACCUUGAAUGGUAUCUACGAGUUCAUCAUGAAGAAUUUCCCUUAUUAUCGUGAGAACAAGCAAGGAUGGCAGAACUCGAUCCGCCACAAUCUCUCGUUGAAUAAGUGCUUCGUGAAGGUGCCUCGUCAUUACGACGACCCGGGAAAAGGUAACUACUGGAUGCUGGACCCGAGUAGUGAAGAUGUGUUCAUCGGAGGUACCACGGGGAAACUGCGAAGGCGGUCCACAGCGGCGAGUAGAAGUCGCCUAGCUGCUUUCAAGCGCACCGUGGUCCUGGGGACCGCGGGCCUGUACCCUGGAGGUCUAGGUCCUGCAGGGACUCCCUAUCCGAGUCCCUGGGGCCUCUCCCCGCUCUACUGCAACCCCUAUCAUCGCUACCCUUACCCGUAUCCCGGCCUUCUACAGCCACUACCAAAACCCAUCGCGACCCACGGGUUCUCUGUCGAGCGUCUACUUGGGACGGAGUCUACCCCAGCCGGACAAUACGGACCCCUCCGACUCCAGCAUCCCGGACUGUACACGGCUCCAACGGCAGCUCCAUCUGCAACCACAGCUUCGUCUAGCUGUAGCAGUAGCCCAGAGCCGCAGCCCAUAUUCAAGCCCAUCACAGUCCUGGCGUCCAGGCCCAGCUAA